UUUUUAGAUGAUUUCCAAAUUUAUCUGUUGUCUUGUUCUCGUUGCUGGUGCUAUUUUAUAUCGAUCAACAACAGCACAAAUAGAUGGAUACAGGCCGGGCAUUGACUACCCGGUGUACAAUUCGGUGCCUUCGGGUCUUCAGUUUAAUUGCGGUGGUAAAUUACCGGGUUAUUACGCAGAUCCAGAAGCAAGAUGUCAAGUUUGGCACUGGUGUCUUCCAAGUGGUCAGAUGUUUAGUUUCCUUUGCCCAAAUGGCACAGUGUUCAGUCAAACUGCACGAGUUUGCGACUGGUGGUUUAAGGUCGACUGCAACGACUCCCCAAGACUAUACGGCAUCAACGACGACUUGUAUCGAGACGCGAAUGGCAACAGAAUAUAA